UCUCUAGUCGAUACAAAAAAAAAACACGAAUCCAUCGAACUUUUCAAAGUUGUUUUUUUUUUACCAUCCUCUCAAAAUUUGUUUAUAAACAAAACCGAACCGAAUGUCGGCAUCUGCGGAGGGUCUGGCCGCACUGGACAAGUACGGCGACGAGGACAUCUUCAGCCUGGUGAUCCGAUACGGACUUUAUGUGGGCGCCCUGUUCCAGUUCGUAUGCAUCUCAGCCGCAGUGCUGAUGGAAAAUAAUCCGGACAGUAAUCAGGAGUCCGGCGAUGUGGCGGAACGGGAGGGUGAGCCAGUACGGACGCGACUGCACAAGAUUCGCAAGCUGGAGAAAAAGAAGCGCCGGUAGAUCUAUCAUUCCUUAGCCCAUAGUUAGCAUAAGUAAACUCGAAUGCAUACAUACAUACAUAUAUUAAGCGAAAAAUAAAAGAUAUCUAUGGGGGUUUCCACAGAAAUCUCAAGAGAUUUGAAAAUUCUUGCCGGAAGCCCGGUAAUUUCAAACCUCUAGAGGUUUCUUAGUCAUUCCCGUAAGUUUAAGAACUGCCCA